CAAAACCCUAAUUUGUGCGUUGCAGACAAAGAAGAAGAAGAAGAAAAUGGCGACAGUACCAGGGCCACUCAUAUGGGAGAUCGUGAAGAAGAACAACUCUUUCUUGGUGAAGGAGUUUGGAAACAACACUCAGAGUGUUCAAUUCAGCAGAGAGAGUAACAAUCUCUACAACCUUAACUCCUACAAAUUCUCUGGUCUGGCAAACAAGAAAACUGUGACCAUUCAGCCUGCUGGUAAAGAUCAGUCAGUGUUGUUGGCUACAACAAAGCCAAGGAAGCAGAACAAGCCUUCUGCUUUGUCUCACAAAUCUAUCAUGAAGAAGGAGUUCCGCAGGAUGGCUAAGGCUGUUCAGAAUCAGGUGUCAGAUAAUUACUACAGGCCUGAUCUGAAGAAGGCAGCUCUUGCAAGGUUGAGUGCAGUUCAUAGAAGCCUCAAAGUUGCCAAGUCCGGUGUCAAGAAGAGGAACAGACAGGCUUAGUUAAUCUAGAACAGUUUCUGUCAUAGCCCUAUCCUGAGUUUUUGAAAUCCAGUUAUUUUUGUGCUUUUGAACCUUUGUUUUUGGUACAUCAUUUUGUUUUUCUAUGACUUGUCAUAUGAGUUUUGAAAUGCAAUUAUUUAUAAACCAGAACUUAGCUUGUUAUAGCUUUCAGAAUUGUUUUUCUUUUGUCUUCGUAUAACUAUUUCAUUCUUUUCAA